AUGCGCUUCCCUCCCAACUCGUCGCCUCUUUUGUUGCUGGCCCUGCCCGCACUCGUCGGCGCCCUCAAGGACCCCUCAGCUGCUGCUUCUGUCGCCGCCAUCGAUGACGCUGCUGCUCUCGUCGCCAGUGACGAUGCCACGGCGCCCAAAGGUCGAACCGGCCUGCCCACCAAAGACGCCCCUGUCGACGGUCGCGAUGGCAAGCCUCACCAGGGCCCUUUUGUCGAGACAGACGGCACAACUAGCAAGGGAAGCACCGAUACCAAGUCAUCAGCUGCCACCGUAGAGAACAAGGGCAGUCCUGAAGACCUCAUCAUUGUCGAUGGCAAGAGAAUUCCCAAAUCCAAUGACGGCAUCAUGUUUGACAAGAACCGCGAAAAGGCCAAGGAGGGCACUACCGGCACCACAGGCGGUGUCUCUGAGAAAGACAAGGCUCGCAAGGCGCAAGAAGGCAAGACGGGAGAAAAGCUCGUCACCCAGCCAGAGUCUCCCAAGGAGAAGCUCCCUCUACCUCACAGCGAAGAAGAAAAGUUAAACGAGGGCAAGGAAAGGCCCAAGACCAAGCCACUAGAUAAGGAAGCCAUCAGAGAUGGUGACAACGGUGGCUAUGCCGGACUUGACAAACCCGACGACCUUGGCGAAAGAACGCGCGAACAACCUCCCGUUCCACAAUCAGUCGACAAGGACCAUCUUGAAAUUCACAACCCUACCACGACUACUACAAAAUCACCGAAGACGGCUCUCGCCGACGGCGACGAGGGCAUCAUUCAACCCUUUCAUUCUUUUGUCCUCUCACUCACUAUGAUUCUCGUUUCCGAAGUUGGUGACAAGACGUUCCUCGUCGCCGCCUUGAUGGCCAUGAAGCACGACAGAUUGGUCGUCUUCUCUGCCGCCUUUGGCGCCUUGCUCGUCAUGACGUUUCUUUCCGCCAUUCUCGGCCACGCCGUACCUACUCUCAUUCCCAAGCGACUUACCAGUCUCCUCGCCGCCGGCCUCUUCUUUGUCUUUGGUGCUAAGCUUUUGCGCGAGGGCAUGCAGAUGGAUCCACACGAAGGUGUCGGCGCCGAAAUGCACGAAGUUGAGCAGGAACUUGCAGCCAAGGAAAAGGAGUUUGGCCGUGAUGGCAACGACGCCCUUUCCGCUGAUGCUCUCGAGAUGGGUCUCAACGGCCGUGGCUCACGAUCCAAGACCCGCCUCGGCUCUCCUCCUCGCUCUCCGUCCCAAUCACCCUCCCGCGACCCUUCACGAAAAUCGGGUUCGGUGAACGGCUUUCUGUACGGUGCCAGCAACCUCUGUGGCUUGCUCAUUAGCCCUGUCUGGGUGCAGACCUUUGUCAUGACAUUUCUCGGCGAAUGGGGCGACCGCAGCCAGAUUGCCACGAUUGCCAUGGCCGCCGGCCAAGACUAUUGGUGGGUGACUUUGGGUGCUACAUUUGGCCACGCCAUCUGCACCGGUGUCGCUGUUAUCGGAGGGCGGGCCAUUGCUGGCCGUGUCAGCAUGAAGGUCGUGACUGUUGGUGGCGCUGUCGCUUUCCUUGCCUUUGGUCUCAUCUACUUUGUCGAAUCAUUUUACGCAUAA